CCCGGGCUGCACGGAGAGCAGAGGCGGGGAGGGAAGGGUGCGCCGAGGGGAAGGGGCCGCUAAACAACCCCAUGGGAAUGUAAAACUGUGGGUCUGAGAUCACCCGCCGAAACGCUUCACGCAUCACCUUGUUUCUCAUGGAAGCAGAUGGAUUCGUGAGGAGGCGUCGGAUGACAGCGGAGACUACGGGCGCUGAUCCUGGGGUUGCUGGAGCCUCUGCCGGGGCAGAAGUUCGAUGGCUCGGGGGCAGAUUCUGGGGAGUUUCUGAAAGUAUCGUAGGGAGCCUGACGCCCCGGAUCGCGGGGGAAGCGGAGUUGCAGACUGUUAAUAUCAUCUGUAGUGCACAAGAUGCACAAGCAGAGGACUCUGAGCCAGACUAUGAGGGUUUACCACAGGGAGCCUCCACUAGCACCCACAUGUUGGCUGGAGCCGUGGCCGGGAUUAUGGAGCACUGCCUUAUGUUCCCCAUCGACUGUGUCAAGACACGAAUGCAGAGCCUCCAGCCUGACCCCGCAGCGCGCUACAGGAAUGUGAUGGACGCCCUUCGCCGAAUUGUUGCCACAGAAGGAGUCUGGCGGCCGCUGAGGGGGCUGAAUGCGACGGCCGUCGGGGCGGGACCUGCUCACGCGCUCUAUUUUGCCAGCUAUGAGAAACUCAAAAAGACUCUAAGUGAUGUCAUUCAUCCAGGGGCUAACAGUCAUUUGGCUAAUGGAGCUGCUGGGUGUGUGGCCACUCUGCUUCACGAUGCAGCCAUGAAUCCCGCUGAAGUUGUGAAGCAGCGCAUGCAGAUGUAUAACUCACCCUACGGCGGCGUGAUGGACUGUGUACGCGCCGUGUGGCAGAGAGAGGGCCCCGCCGCGUUCUACCGCAGCUACACCACCCAGCUCACCAUGAACGUGCCCUUCCAGGCGCUCCACUUCAUGACUUACGAGUACCUCCAGGAGCUGCUCAACCCCCACAGACACUACAACCCCUCGUCCCACAUGCUGUCGGGAGCUCUGGCCGGGGCGAUCGCGGCCGCGGCGACCACGCCGCUGGACGUCUGCAAGACCCUGCUCAACACCCAGGAGUCCAUAACCGUCGGCUCCCUGUCGUCCGGCCAAGGCCCCAACCAGCACCAAGCCCACAGACACAUCUCAGGCCUGGCCCACGCCUUCCGAACAGUUUACCGGCUGGGCGGCCUGCAGGGCUUCUUCAAGGGCGUCCAGGCCAGGGUCAUCUACCAGAUGCCCUCCACGGCCAUCAGCUGGUCAGUCUAUGAGUUCUUCAAGUACGGACUCACCAAGCAUCAGCACGACAAGAGGAGGAAGCAGCACAUGGAUGUGGAGCUGUAGAGAUCUCCGAUAUGGCUGCGAAGAGAAAUUAAUAUACGCACAUAGAAUCUGACUAAAACCCACCUCAGUUGUCCUCUGGCUUUCAGACAUAGCCGAUAAGAAAGACUUCUUGAAAUGCAGCUUGAAUAGUUGUUUCUGCUACAAGGUUUCCGCACUACGUGUUGGUUUGAAUUCCAUUUAGGAGAAAACAUCACACAGUAUUAUGAGGCUAGUUCAUCAGGAGAUUUUUUUUUUUUUUUUUUUUUUUAAUGUUUCUGUAGUGAGCGCUUUGCCCAAACUGAGCUCCAGCCCAGAACAGUAGAGGGCGGUAGUGUUACUAUAACUACUAGUUUGAAUGGCAUUGCUGAUCUAGAACUGGAUUUAGAUUGUUCAAUCACUGAGUCUCCAGACCCCUUUAAGUGAAGUACAAGGAGUUCAAGUUCAUUCAGGUUAAUUUAUCUUGAAGUGAGAUGUUAGUCUAUUCUCUGCUUAUUUCAUCAAGUUUGGUUAUUUCCUGACAUGCAUGAACACAAAAAUCUCUUCUAAAGAACUUGUGUCAAAUCCAGGAAUGUCCCAUGUCAGUUGGAGAAAGAAAUAAUUAAAUAUGAAAUAAACUGAACUGUGUGAUUUUAAAAGUUGUCCAACAUAUUUGAUGGUUUCAAAGUUUAAGACCAAUGUUCACUGAAUUCUAGUCGUCUGAAAUGAGUGUUUUUAAUUUAUUUUUCUUAAUUGUGAUUCUUCAAAUUAUAUUUUAUUUCCAUCUAAUUUGUCAUGUUUUUCUUUUUUUUUUUUUCCUUCCUUCUGUUACCAGUCACAUUGAAUACCAAUCUGACAGCAAAAAAAAAAAAAAAAAGUGGCGGCAUUAAGAUGUCAUUUCUGUAUCAGCCUGUUUUCACCCUGUAAACUACUGAGUCUGAAUAUUUGUGCUUGACAGCAAAGACUGCGCAACAUACACUGUCCUCAAGAGAGGCAUCACACAGGAUUUCAUCAGCAUUUACAUCCAAACUAUGUCUGUACGCGCAAAUGAAAGCUGUCGUUCUUACUGACUGAUGUCUGAUUGUUGCUGACACUGAAUUGCACUGGUUGAAUAAAUACGCAGUAGCAGGACUCUACUCCCUGCUCAUCAGA